GGUGCUGAGGCGACGCAUGGAAAGGAGGCGCGGCAGGCGGCGCAGGGGGAAUGGAGCUCACCGAGGUCGACCUGGGCAACGAGGGCGCCGGAGCUGCUGCCCACCCUGGCCGAGGCAGGAUGGGCAGCAGCGCGGACAGCCUGGUGGAGGACGAGGAGGACGAGGACGAGGCGCCGAGUGAGGAGGGCAGGCGGGCCAGCCGCGGGUCGUCGCUGGUGAGCGGCCUCUUGGUCGAGCUCUACAGCGUGGGGCGCUCCCGGCCCCGCGACAGCGUGGACAGUUCCACGGAGGCAUCCGCCGGCUCCGACGCCUUCCCCGGGGGCAGAGGCAGCAGCAGCGCCGAGCCACGCUUCCUGCAGGAGCUGCGGCGGAGGCCCAGCCAGCGGCACCAGCGGACGUACCUGGGCCAGAAAGAUAUCAACGAGCUGAUGACCAUAAUACAAGAGCUGAAUUACAGAAUAUGUGUUCAGUCAUCCAAACUUCUCCGUCUUUUGAAACAAAAGGACAGGCUUUCACAUAAAGUGCAGAAGAACUGUGAUAUUGUUACAGCCUGUUUGCAAGCAGUAUCCCAGAAACGACGAGUUGAUACAAAGCUGAAGUUUACUCUUGAGCCAUCUUUAGGUCAAAAUGGUUUUCAGCAGUGGCAUGAUGCUCUCAAAGCAGUGGCCAGGCUGCCCACAGGGAUACCAAAGGAGUGGAGGAGAAAGGUUUGGCUCACUUUGGCAGAUCACUACUUAAAGAGUAUAGCAAUUGACUGGGAUAAAACAAUGCGCUUCACUUUCAAUGACAGAAGCAAUCCUGAUGAUGACUCCAUGGGCGUUCAGAUUGUAAAGGAUCUCCAUCGAACUGGCUGCAGUUCCUACUGUGGCCAAGAGGCGGAGCAAGACAGAGUAGUGUUAAAGCGAGUUUUGCUAGCCUAUGCAAGAUGGAACAAAUCCGUAGGCUAUUGCCAAGGCUUUAACAUCCUGGCAGCCCUCAUCCUGGAAGUAAUGGAAGGCAAUGAGGGAGAUGCUUUAAAAAUCAUGAUUUACUUAAUUGAUAAAGUGCUGCCUGACAGCUAUUUUGUCAACAACCUCCGAGCAUUGUCUGUUGACAUGGCUGUGUUCCGAGACCUAUUAAGAAUGAAACUACCUGAGCUUUCCCAACAUUUGGAUACUCUUCAAAGAGCUGCCAACAGGGAGAGUGGAGGUGGUUAUGAACCUCCACUCACCAAUGUCUUCACAAUGCAGUGGUUCCUGACUCUCUUCGCUACAUGUCUUCCUAACCAUACAGUUCUAAAAAUUUGGGAUUCUAUAUUCUUUGAAGGUUCAGAAAUUAUAUUGAGAGUAUCUUUGGCUAUUUGGGCAAAACUAGGAGAGCAGAUAGAUUGUUGUGAAACUGCAGAUGAAUUCUAUAGUGCCAUGGGAAGGUUAACCCAGGAGAUGCUGGAGGACAACCUUAUUGACAGCAACGAACUCAUGCAGACUGUUUAUUCAAUGGCCCAGUUUCCUUUCCCACAACUAGCAGAAUUAAGGGAAAAAUAUACCUACAACAUCACUCCUUUCCCAGCCUCAGUAAAAUCAACUUCAGGACAUCUGGGCAAAACUAGAGACAGUGAUGAAGAGAAUGAUCUUGAUGAUGAAGAUACCAUAGCCAAUGCCAUUGGUUGCCUUGGACCAUUCAGUGGGUUUCUGAGUCCAGAGCUACAGAAAUAUCAAAAGCAGUUCAAGGAUCACAACGAAGAACAAAGUCUGGGCUCUAGUAACAUUGCAGAGUUAAGUCCUGGAGCCAUAGAUGCCUGUCGACGUGAGUACCAUGCUGCUUUUAACAGCAUGAUGAUGGAACGGAUGACCACAGACAUCAAUGCACUGAAGAAACAAUACUCCCGGAUAAGGAAGAGGCAGCAGCAACAGGUUAAUCAGAUCUACAUCCGAGCAGGGUCUGAAGAUGAUGACCCUGGGCUAAUGUUAGAUCCCAGGGACCAGCUGAAUAAUGAUAAGGGUCCAAUUACCAGUCUCCUGCCAUCUCAGGUAAACCAUUCUCCAGUGAUCAACCAUCUUCUGCUAGGUAAGAAGAUGAAGCCGGCUAACAGGUCUGCCAAGAAUGCUAUUAUUCACAUCCCAAAUCAUGUGGGAGGCAAGAUGUCACCUGCCCCCCAUGAAGAUAUUAAAACAAAGCUUAACUCCCCCUGGCGCACUCACAUGCGGGUACACCGAAAGAACAUAGCUAGAGCCAAAGGCCAGCUGGGUUAUGGGGAUACUAUAGGGCUUAUAGAGGAGCAGAGUGAUGGUGGUAAAACCAGUAAUCCCAAUGCAAAAGAAGGAACUCCAAGCACACCUGAAUCCAUGGCAAGUGAUGGGAACAGCUCAGAUGCUGGGACAACCAGAAAAGCUGAUGGACAGUCUCCUGAACCCACUUACAUAGAUGCCAGUGGUAACAUCUCAGCAGUUCAGCUGAAAUUGGAAGCACUGGAACUUACUCAAAGUAAUAAUGAUGACAUUAAAUCUGUGCUGAGUCUGUCAUGUCAAACACAAAUAUCCGAAUUACCGCAUCUGCCUACUGAGAAUGGAACACUGGCAAAAUCUCCCCAAGCCAACCAUCCUAAAUCACAAGUCUUUAGCCCUUUCCCUAGUGUCAAACCGCUCAGAAAGUCAGCUGCAGCCAGAAAUCUAGGACUGUAUGGACCAACUGAACGAACCCCAACUGUACAUUUCCCACAGAUGAGCCGAAGCUUUAACAAGCCUGCAAAUAGUAACAGUGGGUCCAAGAUACGAUGAUGCAUAUAUUGUUAAUGCUCCAUUAUUGCUAUUAUUUUAGUUUGUAUUGUGAGCGCAUAUAGGAUCCAGAGCAAUUUCCAAGUUAAGUUCUUCUGAAGAGAUGAUAACUGGUGUGUGAACUGUGUUACCAAACUUAUGUGUCUCUAGAAUGAAGGACAAUAAAGGCGCAUGAUGGCACACACAAUUUUCAUGUUAAAAGAAUAAACAUUGACUUGCAGCACGUUCCCACUUUUUAUACUUUGAUGCUUAGGAAGCGUCUUUUUUCCUUCCGGCCUUUGCCGGGGGCCGGCUGACUGCUGUCAGGAGCACCAUUUCCUUUGUUUUCUUUUGACAUCCAGUCAUUUUGUUAAGACUACCACCUUUUACGGACUUUUGCUUAUUUGGUAGAUGCUUUAACUGCCUAAAAGAAUUGAACCGAACUUGUGCAGAUUAUAAUAUUCAAAAAAAUUGCUUGCCAUCUAUAUCAUUAUCCUAAUAGAUUUGAGCAGCUGACAUAAUUAGAUGUAUUUAAUGUUUCCACUCCAGUGUGCUGCCGUUUCUUUUAACUAUUUUUGAUAUAAUAAUGAUCAGUUUAGAUCAGGGGGAAAAAUACGUUGACAUCUGUGACUUGAUGUUGGUUGACUAAACAGUGACCUUUAGUGAGUCAUGGGACUGUAGAAGUAGAUAUUUUAAACCUGGUAGUAAAUUUACUAUUAAAGUUCUUGGCAACGUUUUAAAGAAACUAUAUAACAUAAGCCUUUUGUAUAAGAUAAGUCACUUUUUAAUGUCAAGUUUAUGGCAGUGUUGCUUCCCUGGCAUGUGGUAUUCCUAUUUGUGAGAUUCCCAAUUUAGGGAAAAAAUCAUGACUGUAUCUUGAAGAUGUGUGUUUAACUUAUUUCAGCAAUGAGGAAUUUAAACAGCUGCUUCCAAGCCAGGUCGCCUGCCUUUGCAAAAGGAGUGAAAUCUACUUACUAACAUUAGAGAUGGGUUUUUCCCUUUGAUGUAUUACUGUGUAAAAUGCCCAAACCAAACAAGCACUAUGGCAUGUGGGAUUUUUCUUAAUUUCCAUUUUAGCCAAAUAGUACAUAUCAAAAUAGUGAAGAAUGAGAUCUCUCUGCCAACCUAGGAAAUAGAUUUAUGAUUCUAACUCUAAAGAACUACAAGACUAUCCAAUAAUGUUCUAAUGUAAAACAUUAAUAGACCAUGGGAUCCAUUAAAUAGAAUAGCUAGGUAGGCUUGGGGAAGUUACCAAUUUUGCAUCUGUAAAAUUGACAUAUAGGGGCGUACCUCAUAGGACGGUUGUGAAGAUGACUUGCAAAGUACUGUAUACAUUAUGUGCAAUAAAAGAAGUGCUGCCCAAGACUAGAAGACUGUUUUGUGUUAAUGGGUGGGAGUAAAAGAGAAUCUCAUUAGAUAACGUGUUUAGAACAGGUUGUGUGCUGUAAAGCAGGCACAUAAUAGGAGGAGGAAAAGUGAGAGUAUUUCAUCCAGCAAUCCUUAGCUGGUUCAAGAAGUGUUGUAGCCCUAUAGCAAAUAAGAGGAUUCUCUACACUGCUGUAAAUAAGUGAUUCACUACAUAGUAGUUACUACAUAGUAGUUACAAAUAUGAAUGACUUUUUAUCUUUACAUUGUAGGCCAUUGGAUGACUAUACACAAACCAGUAAAAUAUGAGCAAAAAAACUGUCCUGUGUCCAAAGAAUUGGGCAGUUAGUACCCCUGUCCAAGUGGCUUUGGAUUGGUUAUUCCUGAAUAGCAGCCUAUAUGAUGCAAGGUAGACCAUUUCUGAAAGUAAGGAAAGCACAAUUGCCUGUGUGAGUUUUUCAGAGGGUAAAGUCUGCUUUUCAAGUCUGAAAAGCAGCGGGUGUCUUCUUUUUCAGAGGCUAAAGUCAAAAAUCCAAUUGUGGAAAUGAAUAUUCUAAAACAACUCUUUGUGACCUAGCUCCAUUGCAAUAGCAAUCAGAGUCUUUUUGAAAAGCUACAUUUCAUUUAAUGUAAAAAUUAUAAUUUUUGGUACCAGAAGUACUAACCUGGACUCAAUUUUGGAUUACUUUUUUUUCAUCUAAAAUUGCUAUUCUCCCUGUCCAUAACUCUACACAGACUAUUUAAAUUUUCUAUCUUGGUGAUUUUUUGAAAAGCUUAUACUUUUUUCCAGUUUUCAUUUCUCCUUCUAAUGAAAGAAGUGACAUAUAAGGAGGAAGGGGUUAAAAUCCAAGGUGGAUGACUAACAGUUCUUGCAGGAGUUUUCAAUUUUUCUUGCACUCGUCAUCCUCAUGAAAAGUUUUGUUGAUUGGUUGCAAUAACUUUUGCACGUGUGCAGAGAUUUUUCUUGAACAUGGAAACAUGAGAGCUGUGGUUAAGUGUAGCACAGUGGUUAAGUGGUUGGGCUGUGAUUUAGCAAUCUGUUGGUUCAAAUCCCACUGCUGCCAUAAGUUCAGUAAGUGGCCUUGGGUGAGGCACUCCUCUCAGCUGCAGCACCCCAGUUGUAUUGUGGGGAUAUUAACAACACUGUUUGCCUCUCAGUGGGGCACUAAUAUGUCUAGAAGAGCGGUAUAUAAGUGUUAUUAUUAUUAAAAUUGGUGUCCACAUAAAAUUCUGCAUCCCAAUCUGCAUGUGCACUGAAGCUCCUGCAAUGAGACAAGUAUUCUCAAUGUAUCCUGCUGUGCUAGGUGACUGGAUCUGUCACUUUUGCCAUUUGCUGAUAUGAAACAACUUUGUCACCCCCCUUCUUUUGUCCCUUCAUUGUGCACUAUGUGUUUACCAUAAUUUGCUGGUAAACUUUAUUUCUCCCAUUGGUUUGGUCAUUGUAUUCUCCUUGAUGUAUACAGUGUACUAUGUAUAUUGUUGUAUAAUAUAAAUAUAUUCAGGAUGUAU